CUUCCCCUCAGUGUCUAGAACGCAAUGUGUAGUUCCGCCCUGAGAGUGACAUCGAAAUACUCGUUGGAAUAGGAACGCAACCAGGCAAAGAACAAGAACGUGCAGUUUAUAACACCGGUAUUUCACCAAAAGUCCAGAGGAUUUGACGCAUAUCGAACGGAUACGUAAUUCAACCCAAGCGUGACAAGACAGAAGGAUGGAUGAGCUACAGGACGUGCAGUUGACUGAGAUCAAGCCCCUGCUGACCAAUAAGAAUUCCCGUAACUUCCAGGACUUUGACUGCCAGGAGCAUGAUAUUGAGACUCAGCAUGGCGUGCUCCAUGUGACCAUGAGGGGCGUUCCCAAGGGCAACCGGCCAGUAAUCCUCACCUACCAUGACAUCGGCCUCAAUCGUGAGUGUGCAGAUUAACCGUAAUACUUUUAUCUAAGACAAUGUGUUUAUAAACAUGUAACAUAUCUUAUAUAAGUAUUUCUUGUAAGUUUAUGCCAUGGAUUUGUGUUUCAUGUAUGAUAGGUUUGUGCCAUUCUUGUGUAUCUUAUUUCUAGGUUUACUUAAGCAAUAAGGCACGUGGGGCUGUGGUAUAUGGCCCAUAUAUAAGAGCUGUUAUAAGAGCUAUAUAAGAGCUAUAAGAGCUAUAAGAGCUGUUCUUAGGCAUGACGCAUCAGGGAAUGCCUGAACACAGCCCUUAGCCGUGGUAUAUUGGCAAAUAUCACAAACCCCAGAGGUGCCUUAUUGCUAUUAUAAACUGGUUACCAACGUAAUUAAAGAUGUCAAUGUUUUGUCGUACCCAUGGUAUAUGGUCUGAUGUACCACGGCUAUCAGCCAAUCAGCAUUCAGGGCUCGAACCACCCAGUUUCUAAUUCUUCAUAUCUAAUGAAUGGGUUUGCAUUACUAUCCUUUUGGUCCCCUCUCUGUGCAGAUAAGUCAUGCUUCAACACGCUGUUUAACUUUGAGGACAUGCAAGAGAUCACGCAGCACUUUGCUGUGGUUCACGUGGACGCCCCCGGACAGCAGGAGGCGGCAGCACCCUUCCCCACCGGGUACCAGUACCCGACCAUGGACGAACUGUCUGAGAUGCUGCCCUCGGUUAUGACUCAGCUCAAGGUGAACAGUGUGAUUGGGAUUGGCGUGGGAGCAGGAGCCUACAUCCUAUCCCGGUUUGCUCUGAACAACCCUACUCUGGUAGAGGGCCUGGUUCUGAUCAACGUGGAUCCGUGUGCCGAGGGAUGGAUCGACUGGGCUGCCUCCAAGCUCUCUGGAUGGACUAGUAACAUCGUGGACACAGUGAUGGCUCACCACUUCAGCACUGAUGAGCUAACAGACAACCAAGAGCUGAUCCAGACCUACCGCCUUCACAUCGCCCAGGACAUCAAUCAGGACAACCUGGCCCUCUUCUGUGCCUCCUACAACGGGUACGCUAGGCAGGAGUGGAGAUGGGGCAGGGAUCCACUCCUGCCCAAGGUACUCGCUGACUUUACUACUGACUUACUAAGCGUGGCUUUAACCUUUUUUUCUCUUUUUUUCAAUGACAGUCGUCGGGAUCUGGAAAUCGAGAGGCCAGUCAUUGGUCUGAAUGAGGAGACAGUGAACACACUGACGUGCCCUUCUCUGUUGGUGGUUGGAGACACAUCUCCUGCAGUGGAGGCAGUGGUGGAGUGCAAUUCCAGGUUAAAUCCAACGAAGACUACACUGUUUAAGAUGGCUGAUUGUGGAGGCUUGCCUCAGGUUGUGCAGCCUGGGAAACUGGCAGAGGCCUUCAAGUACUUUGUUCAGGGUAUGGGUUAUAUGCCCACGGCUGGAAUGAGUCGUCUGGUCCGAUCCCGCACCACCUCCUCCUCCAGCAUCACCUCCAUGGACAGCAUCCGCAGCCGCAACCUCAACAGCCUGCUGGAGAGAGCCAACACCACUGGGGGCCUGGACAACCAGCCUGGGCCCCAGACCAUGGAGGUCUCCUGCUAAAUCGUCCCAUCUCUCCCUCACUCCACAUAGGGUAGCCGCCCUCACCGGUGGCCCUCUCUUCCUCCAGUAACUUAUGUCUCCCAGUCUCUCCUACCCUGCUCCGAAGCUACUCAAUGCCAGGGUGUUCAGUGAUGAAUUGUGUGAUAAAUAUGAGAAUAUAUACAAAUGAAGAUUAAAUAUAAUACUGUAUACAUGUCAAACUUCGAGCCACAAGCUGAGGGGACAAAAUAAAGGAUGAAUCAGAUAUACUGUAUACUCCAAGGGUCUAGAUGGUACGAUCCCCCACCCAACUGUUUCUCAUCAUUUCAUAUGUAUGCAUGUGUCUUGUGCAAGUGAAUCUGGAGACUUGUUCUCCCGGUUUCAAUUAUUGUAUGUCCCUCCUUUGUUCCGAUUGUUGCCUUUCACAUCUGUUAUUUAUUCCCCAUGUGUCUGUGUGUAUCGGAUCAGUUCCUCAGCACAGGAGGGGUUGAAGAGUCCCAUCUCUCACACCCGCUGUAGUCCAAACACACAUUCCUCUUCCUUCUCUUAUACUAUGAUCUAGAACACAUUUACACUUAACCUUCAUUCAUUGCACAUAUUUAGACACAUAUUUUUUAAUGUUGUGAACUGUGAACACACGCCUCCUUUGAUUGUGUGGCAUAGUGUAGAUGUGUGUUUUCCUGUACUGUACCUUGCUGCACUGCUCUGCUCUGCCGAGUCACUCCAUUCACACUGUAGAAUGAUCACUCAUGCUGGGUGCAAACACAAGAUUCAUGACUUCCUGUACAUUUCUCUGCAUUGUGUUGUUUUCCAUAUGGCAGGUUAUACUGGUCCAAAUGACAGAAUGAAUGCACUGUGUUUUGGUUGUUCUAGAACAUUAUACUUGCUUUUUAGGAAUAUGCAAAAAUGUAAAGAAAUUCAAUGGGAAAGAACCGUGGGCCAAUGUGAUUGUCUAGAUUCAAUCACUUCUCCUUUCAUCUGUGUGUUAAAAAUGUUUAUUUUGUAAUUGAUGUCGUCUUUUUAUGUUUUACAUUUUUGUUUUUAUAGUCUGUUCACUCAUCGCUUGAGUAGACAUACACAAUGAAUAACAACUUAACAAGCCUGUUAUAAUGUGGAAAUAUGUUCAGUCUUCACUGCAGGGCCCAGUGGUGCUUAUCACGGUCUGCCAAUACAACUCAUUUAUACUACUAAACUACUAAAUAAAGCUAGAAGAUGUAAAAUGG